UAGGACGGCCCCGAAACCCCACGCUUGGGCCUAUCACUAGUAUCAGAGAGGUUUGAAUCUUGGAGAUAACACUACCUCAUUUCCCGCUUCAUUUCCCCGGAUUUCUUUCAAUGAUAGAACAUCCAACCGACAGCUAGCUACAUUUUAUGCCAUACUGAAACCGCAUCGUCCCAAACUGUUUGAAAGAUGUCAUUCCUCGGUGGCGCUGAGUGCUCAACGGCGGGAAACCCGUUGACACAAUUCACAAAACACGUACAAGAUGACAAGUCCCUUCAGCGGGAUCGGCUCGUCGGCCGGGGCCCAGGAGGCCUGCAAGAGAGCAUGCGGUCCAGAGGUAUGAUGGGUGGACAAGAUCAGGUAUGAACGAGCUGAACGCUACGCCAUUUCAUUCACUCCUCCCCCGUCUCUAACUAUAGCUCGGCAAUAUACACAGAUGAUGGACGAAUUCGCCCAACAACCAGGCCAAAUUCCCGGUGCCGCCCCACAACCGUUUGCGAUGGAACACUUGAGACGCGAGUUAGACCAAUUCCAGAACACACCGCCUCGGACUGGCUCUCCGGGAUGGGCAGCCGAGUUUGAUCCUGGUGAGCAGGCUCGCAUGGAAGCUGCCUUUGCCGGUCCCAAGGGACCCUUGAUGAAUAAUGGUUCGGGGUUCACGCCAGCAGAGUUUGCCCGUUUUCAACAACAGAGUCGGGCUGGUGUGCCCCAAACGUCUAGCCCCGUUACAUCUGGUCAGUCACCGAUGAUUGGGGGCUAUCAGCGUCCCAUGGGUGGUAUGGGUUAUAUGGGGAUGGGCGGAAUAGGCGGAAUGGGUAUGAUGAAUCCUGCUUAUAAUCCUAUGGGUAUGCAGCAACCGAUGGAGGCGGCUACGCAAGACAAGGGGAAGGGACGAAUGGUCGAGUUAGAUGAUGUGAACUGGGAGGCACAGUUUGCGGAGAUGGAGACGGCGGAUACUCAGAAACUGGACGACGAGGCUAAUGAUGCUAUUGAGGCGGAACUCAACGAUCUUGACAGGAAACUGGCAGAGGAAGAUACCGAAUUUCACGUUACCGACAACUUGCAUAUGGGAGACAUGGGAGAGUGGGAUGGCUUCGAUUCUCUCAACACUCGUUUUCGGGACCCUCAACUUGGUGAUUACAUGUUUGAAGAAGACAACAUGUUCAAGAACGUCACCAAUCCAUUUGAAGAAGGUGUGAAGAUUAUGCGCGAGGGUGGUAACCUUUCCCUGGCCGCACUGGCCUUCGAAGCCGCUGUACAGAAGGAUCCUCAACACGUACAAGCCUGGACCAUGCUGGGAUCUGCUCAAGCUCAGAACGAGAAGGAACUCCCUGCUAUCCGUGCUCUGGAACAGGCUAUGAAGGUCGACCCGAGCAACUUAGAUGCACUUAUGGGACUCGCUGUCUCUUACACAAAUGAAGGUUACGACUCAACGGCCUACCGUACGCUGGAACGUUGGCUGUCAGUGAAAUAUCCGCAGAUCGUUAACCCCAAGGAUCUUUCGGCGGACGCAGAUCUAGGAUUCACAGAUCGCCAGAUUCUCCACGACAGAGUCACAGACUUGUUCAUUCAGGCCGCUCAGCUGUCGCCUUCAGGUGAGCAAAUGGAUCCAGACGUACAGGUCGGCUUGGGUGUUCUCUUCUACUGUGCAGAGGAGUAUGAUAAGGCUGUCGACUGUUUCUCUGCCGCCUUGGCAUCUACUGAAUCGGGAACUGUGAACCAACGGGAACAACUCCAUCUGUUGUGGAACCGUCUGGGAGCCACCCUUGCCAACUCAGGUCGCUCUGAGGAGGCCAUCGAAGCUUACGAGCAGGCGCUGAACAUUAAUGCUAAUUUUGUCCGCGCGCGCUAUAAUCUGGGUGUGUCCUGUAUCAACAUCGGUUGUUACCCAGAAGCUGCUCAGCAUUUGUUGGGUGCGCUAUCCAUGCACCGUGUCGUCGAGCAGGAAGGUCGUGAGCGCGCCCGCGAAAUCAUCGGGGGAGAUGGUGGCGUCGAUGAUGAGCAGCUUGAACGAAUGAUUCAUAUCAGUCAGAACCAGAGCACAAAUUUGUAUGACACCUUGCGACGUGUGUUCAGUCAAAUGGGACGUCGGGAUCUGGCAGACAUGGUUGUGGCUGGUAUGGAUGUGAAUGUCUUCCGGAAGGAAUUUGAAUUUUAAAUGAUGCCAUAUCUGUUUUUUCCUUUGCAUUACGUGUUUCUUUGAUUCUAGGCCGAACCUGGAAUGAUGCGGUGUCUGUACGGUUUGUGCCACUGUUGAUAUGUUGGAUACCAUAUAUGGGUCAAAAUGCAGCGCUUUCGGGUUAUAGAUCUUGUAAAACACAUGGAAGACCGUGGGGAGGGUCCUGAAAUAGACGAAAUGGACGACUGUGUUAUUUUCAUGGGUUACUAAACACUAAUAAAUAUCCAGAAGCAUGAGAUAUGAUUCGGAUUUUUGAGACGUAGACCUGGAGGAGAAUGCACAGGCAUUUCCCGAGAGAGCAGGCAACCAGGAAGCUUAAGAGGAGAGCUUCUCCGCAUUCU